GACCUGCCCUGCGCUCUCCACAAACGUAAAUUCGAGUAGAAAAUAUUAAAGGAGAAAAAUUAAGUGGAAAAAGUAAGAGAAAAAAAAAAAAAAAGUAAGUGAACAAGAGGGAUGGAAAACCAACUUGUAUGGAUUGUAUAGGCUGUAAAGUGUAUUUGCUUUUAAACAAACGUUUAUUAUAGAUUGUUAAUCGCUAUUUGCGCGAAAAGAAGGAGCUGUCUCCAAUGGUCAAAUACUAUACGUUCGCGUAUCGCAAAUUCCUCGUGUAGCGAUUCUUGCGUUGUCCACUCAAAUCGUACUGGCGAAAAACCCCCUUUUUGCAGGCAAUAAAUUUACCACGUAUUACGACGAACGAUAACGUUUUAAAUCCAAACUUUUAUCCUAUUUUUUCGUUUCAACCGGUUCCUUCCUACGUUCGGUUAUCGUCUCGAUCUCCUACACACACACACACACACACACGCGCGCGCGCUGCAUUCACGUACACGCGCGCACAUUACACACACGCACACAUACAUUACCAUCGGUUUGGCACUGCAUCGAUGUCGAACGUAACUUCCUCUUAACGUAAACGAGAUACAAAUGUAAUUAGCAAUUGGAGACAAUCUCCGACUAAGGAUAUAUACUAGCGAGUACUACGUAUUUGCCACGAUGUUGCAUAAUCCUCAUUGCGAAAAUCCUCAAACGAAUAAAUUAAAUGACAACAUAAGGCGGACUGAAAUAUUAACGUAACGUAAUAAACAAGGACCCGUAUUCUUGUCUUCAUUUUUUUAGAAUGAUAAAAAUAGUGAGUCGUUACGCUUUAUAUAUUAUACACUUCGAAUAUAUGAAUAUACGAGUAACAAUACGUACAGAAGCAAAUACAGAAAUGCAGGCAUCUUGUCGUUAAAUUGUAAGAUAUUGUGUUCAAACUCCAGAAUGUACUCUGACCCCUUCCUCAGACUACUAUAUAUUAAUUAUAUUGUGCACUAUGCUCCAACUUGUCCAUACGAAUAAAUAUAUUGAAAAAAUCUUACUUUACAGUAUCCUCGAUCGGCACCGUGACCUUUAACGAGAUCGCGUCUUUUCAAAGUUCCCCCUUAUCACCAACGAAUUUUUAUACCAUUUUCUUUCUCGUUGUUUCCUUCUAUUCUAUUAUGAUCAUUUUAGCUACGUAUGUUAUAAAUCAUUGCUACAGUACCAUAUAUCUUCCUAUUAAACGAUCUUUGUACGAUUUUAUGUAUUUAUGUGUACAAUUUAUGCAAAUAUCCAAACAGAAUUAUGUCUUUAAUUUGAGAACCCCUGUGUGGACUAGCAAUGAUGGUAUACGCAUUGAAAUGUGCACGUCAAUCGUUUCGUAUGAUGAUAAUCCUUAAUCGCUAACAGAAAAUCUUGACUUUUACAAAUUUCUUUCAAUAUAUGUUCUUCGUGCAAAUACGUUAGUCUUAUUUUCAUACACUUUAUGACAAACGAUAAGUAAAAACAUUCGUAUACAUUUCAUAUAAAUAUAUACACACACACACACGCGCGCGCGCGCAACAAAGCACACAAAAUGCGCGCGCAUCCCCUCCCGUAUCGUUACAAGUAAGAAUACAUUUUAACGGUGUAAGGUUAUAUUUUGUAAUCUAAAUACUUCACAUUGUACUCUCGCGACAAGUUAAGCUUUUUCGACAUAAUGAAAUAUGAUUUUUAUCAUACGUAUUAUUUAAGAACAAGGACACAUGCAAUUAAUGUAUAAGACAAAUUUUGGUAUACUACUUCUACAAAAUGAACGAGAUAGAAUAUAAAUUAGAAUCGACAAAUCCUGUCUUAAUAUCACACGCAGUAUCUAAACUUUUCGAAUCUAUUAAGAAAAAGAAAUGCGACCGACAAACGGACCAUAUUUCGAAGGUAGCCGAAUUUAAGUUAUUAUGGACAAAGCGAAACAGUACGAAUGUCACACUCAGCAUAUCCGUUUGUCAAGCUUUAAUUGCUCUAGUCGAAAAUGGAUUAUGGGACCUAAAUGAUGCGUUAUCUACAUUCAUUUCGAGUAUCUCUUCUAUAAAAAAUUAUGUAGUUAUUACUACAACCAUAACUCAUUUAUUAAUAUUGGAUUUAAAACGUGGUAUGGAGAAUGAAACUUUGUUUACGUUACAUACACCACAGCAUCCUUUCAUAAUUAUCUUAACUCAAGACAACCAGAGUUGCCAAACUGUAUUAAAUCAAAUGACUUUUAUUAUGAAUCAUCAAGAUCCCCGAGUUAAGGAAAAUAGUGCCAAGAUAUUACGUCCAGUAUUUUUAUAUAUUUUAUGUAAUCCUUCAUUGAAUUCUAUGGAUUACUAUAUGCAACAAGUUUGGCAAUUAUUGAUUAAAUCAAAGCAUAAUACAUAUUUGCAGACAGAAAUUUUACUUUGGCUGUGCACUGCAGAGACCCAUUCUUGCAUGAAUACGAAUUAUAGAAUUUUAGAACUUGCAGAAAAAGCAGCAUUAGAGAAGAAUAGAGAAUAUUGUACAGCUUUAUUGCCAAUGAUUGCAUCUUUGAUUAUACAAUUACUAAAACAGGAUUCUGAUCCAAGACCAAAUUUUGAUAUUAUACUUCUUAUCAUGGAAUAUUGUGAUACCUAUAUAGGAAAUCUUAUGUUAACGUUAAUGGCAGAAAUAGUUACUUUAUGUCCAGCUAUUUAUUUACAUGAUAUUUUGAAAAUAUGUAUGUUGAUAAGAAAAGAAAUGUCUUACAACGAUAUAUUUUUCAACACUUUAAUAGCAUCUAUUGUAAAAUGGAUAGCAUAUCCAUCCGUAUUAUGUUCCGAUGCGUUAAAUACGGCGAAAAAUUUAAUGAACGAAGUCUCGACAGAAACAAAAUUCAUACGUAAUGAUGAAACGGUAUUCUCAAACAGAUUUUUCACGGUGUUUACUCAUUCCGAUCCAUACAUUCAAUUGUAUACAGAGUUAGUGCACUGCUUGAGUAUCUGGAACCUGAAUGAUAUUUUAUUAUGGUUAAAAUAUAUAUCACAUGCACCUAUUUAUUUAAAAGACAAAUGUAAAUUAUUAAUAUCUGGACUUUUUUUACAAUCAAAUGAAACACAAGUUGUCCAAUUGUGUUGUACCGCACUUGUUGAUAUCAGCAAAGAAAUGAACAAUUUUGGAUCGCACGUAUUAUCAUUGAUAUUGCAUAAAUUAACCAAAUGUAAAAGCAGUAUAGAAUCAAAAUAUUUAUUACUUGCUGUACCUGAACUUAUGAUUACAAAAGAAAAUGUUCCAAUCAUUAAUCACACAUUGAACAUGUUAUUAAAUGGUGACAAGCAAUUGAAAUAUUUUAUAAUUGAGUUGUAUCUUAAAGCACUGAGAAAAGAACCAAGGUGUUACAGAUUUAUUUCUGCCGCAAUAAUUCAAAUGAUGAAAAGUGAUUCCACUUGGUAUUCGGACGCAACCUGUGCAAGAGCUAUGAAAUAUAUUUGCGAAAAUAAUCCUGAACAUGGAGAAAAGUUGGUCCCAUUGUUAUCACAGAUAUUAAAUCGUUCGACAAGUAUAAACGGUGGGACCGCGAGUGCACUUGCGCUUGGAUGUAUUUCUGCUCUUUACAAAGCAUCAAUAAUAGAUAUUUAUUCGACAUGGAGAGUACUAGCUCCGAAAAUGAAAGUGGAAAAGCGUUCUAUUGUUUUAAAAAGCUUAUGCGAGUUACUUGCCGAUAUUCCACUCUAUACCCACUCUGAUUACCUCAAAGAAUAUGAUCAAUUGAUUGAUAAUAUCGUAUCAAAAUUGUGGGAAUGCACGUCGUGUAACGAUGUAAAAGUAAUCAAUUCCGCGCUUAAAGCACUAGCUUCGUUUCGUCUAGAACAACUAUCUCUGAAAACACUACCACCAAACUUUAAACGUAAUCUCGUAUUACCAGCAGAAUAUGCGAAAACUUCGAGCGAUGCAGUCCUCGAUUCAGAAGACGCUUUUUCAUAUAUACCUGGUGGUUGUUGGAUACAAAUGCUCCAAAAUAUAAAUACAGCUGCCUUACCAGCAGCUGGGAAUCUUUUAAUUUCCUUCAUAACAGAAGAAAUAAAUAAUUUCCGAUCUGGUAUUUAUGCUUGGCCUCAAGGAGAACCGCAAAAUUUUAAAUAUUUACCAGAAAAAAGUGUAAUCAGAGCGGUUGGUGAAUAUUUAAGGAGAUCUGAUAAAUCGGAUUCAAAUAAUCAUCGUAUCAUUACAGAAUGCUUACGAAUAUUUGCACAUAAAUAUCCAAAACCAUUGCCCAAUACAAAUUGGAAUUUCCUGACGGAUGCUGUCAACAUUUCGCUCGAAGCAAAGCAAUAUGCCCUCUCAAUCGCAUGUCAUCAGGCAACAAUAUCUCCAUUUGCUAAAUUUUUUAUAGAGAAUUAUUUAUCAACAUACAAAUCUGUAAAAGAUGCAGAUUUUACUUGGAGAAAUAAUGAACACCCGGUAUUAUAUUCAAAUCUCGGAGACUUGUGUCAAGCUAUACAGCCAAAUAUUAUUAAACCAUUUUUAGAAUCUACAUUAGAACAUGUAAUUGAAAAAAUAAAUGUCGAUAAUCACGAUUCGAUACAGUCGUUUCAUUGUAUCAUGAACGCGUAUGCUCAGGCAUUAAAAAAUCCAGAAAUAUGUCAUACUAACUCUGCACUCCUUUAUACUAUGCUGGAAAAAUUUUUAGACAAGAUAGAUUUAACAUGCGAUCGUUUUUAUUCUUACUUUACAGCAGUUUCGGAAUUACCAAUAGAACAUUUAGAAAGAAUGACAUCUCCCAAAAUGUGGUGGGAAAUAGUAGCCAGUAAAUUGAAAAAUGCAAUCGCGAUCAGAGCCGAAUUGACUUUAAAGAAGCACAGUUCCCAGUCUCCAUUAAUAUGGUUGAACGAGAUCAUGGAUGAAAUUGUCACCUCUACAUCUAGCGUGAAAAAAUACUUUCUCGAAAUUAUGCAAAAAGUACAGAUAAAUAUGCAAUUCGAGAGUUGUAGUCCAAAUUGGAUUCUGAAUCUUAUGAUACAGGUUCAGGGAUUUUUUAUGGAAUCAAUGCAAAAUCAUAAUGACAAAGUACAAUUCUAUUGUGAUGUUUUAUUUGUCUCUGUCAUUAGCUUGUCUGGCAUAGAUUCUGUAUUAAUGAAACAAGAUCUAGUUAUCAAAUCGCAAAAUGUCAGAUCAAAAUUAUUUCCUCAAGCCCUAACAGUUCUCUCCAAUAGAGAAGAUUGGAAGCAUGCAAUUCCACAGAUGAUGGAAUGGUUAAAUUAUAUGAGAACGAGUAAUGCUUCUAAUACACAUAAAUCCACAUUUCAUCAAGCAUUAAUUUGUUUAAAACACAAUUCAUAUUACAAAGGUGUAUGGACUAAAUAUUUAUCGAUUUAUACAGAUAUCGACAUUUGAUUGCAAGCUGAUACAUAUUAGACAGAAACAACUUUUAUUGCAA